ACCUCGCAGCACUUCAGGCGAGUCCGAUCGUGGUUGGGUCUUGGUUAGGUAGGCAGCAGUCCUGGAGCGGUAAUCUGUAUGUUCGCACGCAUGUUUGCCGUUUUGUCAUCAUCGCUAAAAAAAAGGAAAACUGAGACUCGAUUGAUAAAAACCGAUAAUAAUAACUGAUAAUGGAAGGAGAAACAGAAAACAAUGCUUCUAAUAAAGAUUCUAAAUCAAUUACUUGGCCAUAUAUGAAUGUCGGCUCGCUAACUGUAUCAUUUCUAACUAAACUGGCAGCAGCCGGUAUCAUUUGGGGAUGGGGAUACUUUAACUACAGCAUAGCUUGGUUGAUUGCGCCAAUCGCACUUUCCGUAUGGAAGGCAGAAUAUAAAAAAGAUAACGAGCUGAGAAUGCUUACAACACAAGCAAGUGCAUUGGCUAAGGAAAAAGUAUUCAUCAUGGGUCGAAUAGACGAAUUACCAUCAUGGGUGUAUUUUCCUGACUUCGAUAGAGCUGAAUGGCUAAACAGAAUCUUAUAUAAAGUAUGGCCAAGUAUGAAUCAUUUUGUUCGUCAACUGUGUAAACAAAAUAUAGAACCAUCAAUUGUUGAGAAACUGACUGAAUAUAAAAUAAAAGGCUUUCAAUUUGAUCGUCUAGUUUUAGGUCGUAUUCCACCAAAAAUUUAUGGAAUAAAAGUGUAUGAUAAAAAUACUUCACGAAAUGAAAUCAUUUUAGAUGCAGAUAUUAUGUAUGCUGGUGACUGUGAUAUUACCUUUUUUGUUGGAAACAUUAAAGGCGGUAUUAAGGAUUUUCAAAUACGUGGUUUGAUACGCAUUGUUAUGAAACCUAUGCUAUCUGUAAUGCCGUUAAUCGGAGGUGUACAGAUAUUCUAUUUGAAUAAUCCUACUAUCAACUUUAACUUAGUAGGAGUGGCUGAUGUAUUAGAUUUACCUGGAUUCAAUGAUAUUUUAAGGAAGACGAUUAUUGAACAAGUAGCAGCUAUUGCUGUAUUGCCAAACAAAAUAAUUAUACCAUUAAGCGAAGAAGUACCAAUGGAAUCUUUAAAGAUGCCUGAACCUGAAGGUGUUCUGAGAAUUCACGUUGUAGAAGCAAAGCAUCUGAUGAAGAAAGAUAUUGGAAUGUUAGGUAAGGGCAAGUCUGAUCCAUAUGCCAUCAUAAAUGUUGGUGCCCAGGAAUUUAGAACGAAAACCAUUGACAAUACUGUUAACCCAAAAUGGGACUUUUGGUGUGAGUUUAUAGUGGAAGAGGGCUUGGGAGCCUACAACACGAUGGUUGCCCAGCUCUUUGACAAAGACAACGCUGCUCAAGAUGAUCCACUUGGCAGAGCUACCAUUGAAAUUAACCGAGUAAAGAAAAAAGGCACGAUCGAUACAUGGGUCUCCUUGGAACAAGCAAAGCAUGGUAUGGUUCAUUUGCGAUUAAUAUGGUUGCAACUUUCCAAAACUCCUGCUGAUUUGAAAGCUGCUUUAAUAGAAACUCAGGAACUUAGAGUUACGUCGAUGAGUACAGCCCUUCUCACACUCUAUAUCGAUUCUGCUAAAAAUUUACCGUGCAUUCGAGGAAAUAAACAACCUGAUGUUUAUUUGGAAGCAAGGAUUGAUGGGAAGAAAGAGAGAACACCUACUAUACCACGUUCUUGCGAUCCAGUAUGGGAACAAGGAUAUACCUUUUUAGUCAGCAAUCCUGAAACUGGCAUUUUGUACAUAAAGAUUAUAGAUGAGAAAACUACCAUAACAGUUGGAGAAAUGAGUUAUAAUCUUUCCUUGCUUUUGGAAAAAAAUAAUUUGGAAAUAACGCAACAGCCGUAUGAUUUGCAAAUGGCCGAGGCGGAUAGUAAGCUUGUAUUGUCAAUGUCAUUAAAUAUCUUGAAAUACGAAGAGCCUGAACCCACUUUCGAAGAAGAUGAAGAUGAUCAUGACAUCAAUCAAUUAAAUAAACGAAUUGAGCGUCAGGAGUCUAACAUUAGUAACGUAUUAUUUUCUAGUGUACCUCCCAGCCCUCUUAAAAAACAACCUUCAAAAGAAUCAGUCAACAGUCAGUCUCAUAAUAAUGGACCCGCACUUUUACCUGAGGAAUCAGCAGUGGUAGAAGAAGAAUUAAUAGUCAGCACCAGCGCUCCAUCCUCUUUGGCUGAAAGUCCUCAGCUCAUCCACAGAAACUUAAGCAUGACAUCCUUUCAGGGUGAAGCAAAAUUAGGCAGAAUACAAUUGACAUUACGUUACAGUGUGCAGAGACAGAAACUUAUUGUUGUUGUACAUAAAAUUGCUAAUCUACCACUCCCUCAAAAUGAUCCACACAAUAUACCGGAUCCAUACGUGAAACUUUAUCUUUUACCGGACCGACACAAAGAAACAAAGCGCAAGACUGCCGUAAUGAAGGACAAUUGUAAUCCAACAUUCGACGAGCAAUUUGAAUAUGUGGUUUCGCAGGGAGACUUAAACACGCGAACGUUAGAGGUAUCUGUAUGCACUCAAAAGGGUUGGCUGUCGACUGGAAGCAAUGUGAUGGGACAACUUCACUUGAAAUUAAGCGAAAUCGACGUUUCAAAAAGUAUUACUACUUGGCACGAUUUACAACCGGAAAUCAAAGACUAGAAAAAGAGGAAAAGGAAGCGGGGCUUCGAACGUUUAUGCGGAUGUCUGACAAAACAGCCGCUUAAAUUCCCGCUGAACAAUUUUUACAAACGAUGAAAGUUUCAUUCAAUAUUAUAAUUACAAUAUUCCAUUGACUAUGUUAUGUUGUUAAACUAACGAUUUAUAUAUAUAUUAAAAUAAGUAACUAUACGGUGCUAUAUGAGACGCGAGACGUCUUAUAAAAUAAGAUAAAUCUCUUAUUAAAUAUUUGUACUUACGCCGUCCAAUGGCAUAGAAAUGAUUUGAUUUACAGUGUUGCUGUAACCUUCUCAGGCAAAGAGACGGAUUGGCUUAGUAAUAUAACUUGAACUGCUAUUCUGUGCUGAUCUGUAAGAUCAAUAAAAUAAUACUUACAAAACAAUAUGCAUAAAGAAAUUAAGUUUUAAUAGAUUUUAUAAUUUUACAUGUGUUAAAUUUUACAUGUAUUCUCUUUUUAGAAAUGUAUUUGAAAUAAUCGAUCAUUGAAUGUUUAAUUAAAUACUCGAUUUGGCAAUGUGUGUUAUAUUCGUGAAUCUCAAAUAAUAUUAUUGAUAUUAUUCCUAAUCUGCGAGAAUACAAUUGUAUAAUUGUAAUUGUAAGCAUGAUUAACUGAAAUGCACUUAAGAAAUAUUGAAAAUUUUUCCAUUCUACCAAUUUUUUCAUUUUUUGAUAUUAAAUACACUUACUGUUUUUUGUUUUGUGCUUGAAUUAAUGAUUACGACACAAAAUACACAACAUUAUAUAUAGAUAUUACUGUAGAAUGAUCUGUGAAUGAUUUACUAUAUAUCAUGAUUGAUUUGUAUGAUUAAUAUUGUAAAAAUUAAUUACGGAAGUUA